GCCAAUCAACGAAUCAAAGAGCUCCACGGAACGCCGCCUAAUAUUUCCUUCUUUCUUUUUUACUCUUUUUGUGCGCCCGGCAUCAGCCGCCGUUUGGUCGUAUGAAAGAGGCUGCCAGCUAGGUCAGUCGCCCUCUUCGUCAGUGUUCCCGACGGCCGCAAGCUCUCCUGGUAGAACACUCUGCUUGCACGUUUUGCUGUAGGAAACUCCUCAUAAUGUCGACGGUGGAAGUUACCGACAAGGUUUUCUUCGACAUUGAGAUUGGAGGCAAACCGGCCGGUCGUAUAGAAAUUGGUCUGUUUGGCAAGGUUGUGCCCAAAACUGUCCAGAACUUCAAGGAACUAUGCCAAAAGCACCUGACAGAGAAAUCAAAAGAUGGUGGCCUUGUUGGCUACAAGGGCAGCAAGUUCCACCGUGUUAUUCCAGACUUCAUGCUGCAAGGUGGUGACUUUACUAAAGGAAAUGGCACUGGAGGACGUAGCAUCUAUGGAGAUCGAUUCGCCGACGAGAACUUCAAGCUCAAGCAUUAUGGUGCUGGCUGGCUCUCAAUGGCCAAUGCUGGAAAGGACACUAAUGGGUCACAGUUCUUCAUCACUUGCAAGAAGACCAAUUGGCUAGAUGGCAAGCACGUUGUGUUUGGCAAAGUUCUUGCUGGAAUGGAUGUCGUGCGCAAGGUGGAGAAGGUUACCACGGACAGCAAGGACAGGCCAACAAAAGAUGUUGUUAUUGUGGACUCUGGUGUGCUAACCGUGGAGGCUCCUUUCCCCACAGCUUGUACUGCUGCCACUGAAUAGGGGGCAAGUAAAACCACAAAGAGAGAGUGUGCAAUCAUCUAAUGCUCAAUUAUGCACCCCUCCCCCCUUUUUUUGUUCAUUACUCAGGGUACCUUGCAAUUAGGAAUGCCCAUUUCAGGAUCAUUCCGUAUGCAAACAGGAUCGUUAAGUGAAGGCUGUGCUCAAAUGUUUUCAGUUUUUUUCUUAAACCAUACUGUCAAUAAAAUGGUUACUUUGUCGA